CCCACACUUGACAGCGUUCAGUACGUAGCCAUUUAAAAAUAUAGAAAUUAUACGGUAUUUUACAUAUGUGUAUUAAUUUUUAACAAUAAUAUUAUACUAUGCGCGGUGAUCGAGCAAAAAUACUGUGUCGUGAGAGGUGAUAAAAAUAAUAAACCGAAAUAUAAUAGUGCAAGGGCGAAAAUUCGAAGUAAAUUCCUUUUCGAAGCAAGUUCUUCUGGUCAGAGAGGUGGUAGUAAAUCCUACCCUUUGCAAAAUAUAUGGGAAGAGAGUUAAUAGUGGAACUAUAAAGGGCUAUUAUUAAGUUGCAACAAUGAUAUCCGGCAGCCUGCUGCGCGCGUGUCCCACCAACAGCAGCUCGGUAAGAGCCGUGGUGGCGGCGGCGUUGCAGUUCUUCGCCGCCUCACAAUGUUUGAUCAGCGAGCCGUGGCCACAACAAGCUACCAUAGAUAAUGAAACGUCGUUCGAUUUCAUCAUCGUCGGCGGAGGCACUGCUGGCUCGGUGCUGGCUGCCCGGCUCGCGGAGGUGGACUUCAGCGUACUACUGCUGGAAGCAGGCGGGAAUCCGCCGCAAGAGAGCAUUAUUCCAGGGUUCAGAGAUGUUUUGAAAGGAAGCCCUUACGACUGGAAUUUCACUACGAUGAACGAUAGCUAUUCGAGCCAAGCACUGAAAGACGGCAGCCAGCGACAGCCAAGAGGCAAGGUUCUAGGUGGCACCGGCUCCAUAAAUGACAUGGUGUAUGCUCGAGGAUUUCCCGCAGACUAUGACGAAUGGGCUUCUCAGGUCGGCGUAGAUUGGAGCUGGUCUUCAGUUCUCGAAUAUUUUAAGAAGACCGAGCGUAUGACGGACGAAAAUAUCGCCAAUGACCCAGAACUGAUGAAGUAUCAUGGACUAAGUGGAGAGAUAGAAGUAACAGGUACAAAGAAAUCAACAAAAGACACUGAUAUGUUCCUUCAAGCAUUUCAAGAGUUAGGUUACAAUAUUUCAAAAGACAUGACGUACCCCAAAACUUUUGGUGUGGGAAGAUUUUCACACACAAUUAGACAUGGUCGCCGAGAUAGUUCUUUGACUGCUCUUUUAAAUAAAUCUAGUAAGACUUCAAAUCUUUUUGUUCUUAAGGAAGCGUUAGUGACGAAGUUACUAAUUCAAAACAGAAUAGUGUACGGGGUGAAAGCACUUUUGAAUGGACAAGAAUUUAAUUUCUAUGCGAGCAGGGAGGUUAUACUUUCUGCAGGUACAUUUAAUACUCCAAAAUUGUUAUUGCUGUCUGGAAUAGGGCCGCAAUCUCACUUAAAUAGCAUCGGUAUCGACAUAGUGAAAAUUUUACCCGUGGGCGACAAUCUUCACGACCAUGUAAUGGUGUUGACUUAUUUGGCAGCUGAAAAUGGCACUUGUUACGCGGAUCUGCCGGAUCUGUAUAUGAAUAUUAUAAAGUACCUUUAUAAUCAGACUGGUAUUUUCUCUUUUUCAAACAGCAUGGGCGUUUAUAUUUCGGUAAACAAGGAUGCCAAAGUGCCAGACUUCGCCAUUUAUCCUACGUGUAUGCCUGUAGGCAGUAAUUUCUAUGAUGGUUGUAUUAAUAUUUUAGGCUUCAAUUCUGAUAUUUGUGCCACUUUGGAUGCGAAGAAUAGAGAGUAUGAACUUUUAACAUUAGCUGUUGUUCUAUUGAAGCCAAAAUCUCGAGGUACAGUAAGAUUGAAUUCCACAAAUCCAUUUGAUAAACCGUUAAUUUACUCGGGGACUUUUAAUGACUCUGAUGACUUGAUCAACUAUCCCAAUGUUAUGAAAAUAGCUUAUUCAAUUGCUAACACUUCGUAUUUUAGGGAGAAAAAUGCACAUGUUGUAGAUAUUAAGAUAGAACAGUGUGCAAAUUUGAGCGUUAAUGAAGAGCUAGCUUGUAAAGCUAAGGCAAUGGCGAUGUCGGCCUGGCAUGCUGUUGGAACUGCAGCCAUGGGAUCUGUGGUAGAUUCUAGGCUACGGGUAUAUGGUAUCAGGGGGUUAAGGAUUGUAGACGCUAGUGUUAUGCCGAAGGUUAUAAGGGGUAAUACCAAUGCUCCUGUAGUUAUGAUAGCCGAGAAGGCAGCUCAGUUCAUCAAACAAGCUAACGGUAAGUGUGCGUGUAUGCAAUAUACAUAAUCGAUUGGGCCCUACCAAUUGACAUGUUCAGAGUAGCUAGUCAGUCGAUUUUAUGUGAAAAGAAAUCGGAUCGACCGAUCGGUCCUAUAAAUUUUAUGCAUGUUAUUAACAGUAAGUUGACCAGUUAAUACGUAUGUUUACUAAAUCGGCUAAAAAUUGUAUUAAGAUUAAAUUUUGAAGGAGUUUCAGUCGUUACAUAUUUUUGUAUAAAUAUUAAGAACGAUACGCUAACCCUAAGAAUUGGAAAAACACUCGGCCAAUGAUAAUGAAAUAUUAAUAAUGAUGAAAUACAAUCAACUCGUUCGGGAUAGUUGAGAAAUGUUGCUUCGAAUCGUAUUGGAUCCAGCUGUCGGUUGACCAUAUAAUGUUUACAUCUUUAUAUAUGUUACUGCAUAAUCUAUGGUUGCUGAAAGGAGCGUGAAGUGUGAAGCAAAUUGCGACGACCCACUAAUCAGCAGUCGCAUUCACGUCGUUCGUUAGAAUUGAAUUGCUUU